AAAUCUUAGCAAGAAGGUCUUGAAACAAUAUGUUUUACCGUAACCUCUUCCACUUAGAAAAGGAGUGGCCGUUGUUCAUCUUGGUUCAACACACAAAAGGGGCCUUGUACUAUUCUCCGGAAACUUCCCAGAGUCUACAGUGGGCGUCGUCGAUUCUAGAUCAAUAGGAGAGCUGAUCCUGACCCACCGGGAGAUCCCACAAGUCUGAUCUUGUUUUUCACGCCUCGCUGCAUUUUCUUCGAUAUAGACUGGGACCAAAGUUAUUUUUCCUGGUUGCUGAAUGUUGGGCAAGAUUAUCCCAGAUCUCGAGCCAAUGGAAUGAAGUCCUUGGCCUCACCCAUGAACCUGGGUUGUUACGUUCCCUAGCUGGCUCUUAUAAUAGUUUAAACCAACUUCGGGUGAGCAAGAAGUGUUCUUCUCUUCUCCCACCGUGAGAAUCAAGAAAUAUUUUUUUUGACUGUAACACAAUCUGGAAGUUUCUUUGUGACAUUUCGAUUUUGUAAAUGAUUUUGUGAGCGUGUUUGUAAAUCAAUCUUUAAAAUUUGAAAUAAUGUGCACGCCAUCAGUACCUUAUUGUGGUCAUGGCAGCAAACAGCUGAUAAUUUAAAACAUACUCGUGAUUAGCUAUCCGAGUUCACCUACGGUGUAUGGGGUUAGUACACACGAAGACGAUGCAGAACUGUUAAAGUUGUCGUGCGAGGAGAGAAAAGAUUAGCUUGUUCAAAAUGCAGCUCGAUUAAGUGGGCCGUUGUCUUUUGUCGUUUGCUUCACAGCUGCUAAACAACAACGAAGUGUAAGCACUAGGAAAAAUGAUAGCCUUUUAAAAAUCCCAGUUUUACCAUUUGUGAGAGAAAUUCAAAACUCGCAUAAGACAACCUUUACAUGUGUGGGAGGAGAAGGGGUGUACACUGAGCGAAAGUAGUUAUGCCUAGACAGAUAAGCUAAGCUAUUUAAACAGAAAUUAUAUCUUUACAGACACAUUGCACAACAGUUCCGUCUCUCAUUUCGCCCCCGCUGAGCUGGGCGAAAGCUUAUGAUCCUUGCUUAAAGAAACUCGACUUUCUCCUUUUUCGUCAAAUCGGAACCAUUAAUUGGUGGAUCAGAUCUGAAGCCUUUCGCCUGUGACAAUAGUCAUUGUUACACCGACGCCAAUUUCUGUGGUCAGGACAAUGGAUUAAGUUUGCUUACCUUUCAUUCAAGGCUGGCACCACAUGACUGAACAGGCCUUUUGACAGUAGAGUUAUUUAUUCCUAGUAUGGAAUUGACUAACGUGACGGUUGAUCUUCUCUCUAGGAGUGUGGGAUUUCUUCGGUACUGGCCCCUGGAUAAACUGCGAGGGGAUUCCAGCACUUGUUCAGUCUACUACUUUGAUCGCAACCAGAUUCUGGUGCGAGACAGCAACAACUCGGACUGGAUCUACGUUGUUCUCAAAGGUAGCUUAUCUGUGAUAAAGAAGCUCAGACGUGUGGAGCCCAAGAACGAGCUUCUCACCCCAAGAAAAAGAUGUCGAUUAUCUUUCAGAGAGCCCAAACACCAUUUUAUGCGAAAGAAUGUACCUCCGGGGGACAAACAUCGCAGACACCGUUACAGCUCCAACGACAUUCUCGACGAUUACCCGGAUGAGAACGGAAGCAGCUUUUCAGCCAUGAGACGACGCUUCUCGGCAGACCUGGAAACUUACAAGUCAGCGUUUGAAGUAGAGUCGAAGCUGGAGAGUACCCUACCAGGGUACCACAACACCGUGGAGAGGCUGGGCUCUCUAAACUACGAGAAGAUCAUCCGGGAUCAUAGGUCAAGGUUACAGCUCAAAGGGUCACAUACCGAUGGACGCAGGAGUUAUGUGACGGGUACGCAAUCAAGGGAUGUAUCCCGUCAGUCUGUGACUAGCGAAAUAGCCAGUCCCUUACCCAUCACCAACGUAGAGGUGGCAAGAACGGAGAAUCAGAACGACGGUGCUGCUGGAACAGAGAGUGAAGACAAGAUCAGCUCCCCAAGACGAUCCUUCCUACCUCAUAUAUCGAACAAUAACAAAGUGGUGCAACAAGAAACUAGCCUGUCGCAUGAUCAACGACGAUCACGUGAAAACGUAGAUGUAAAAGUGGACGGGAAUACAGAUGGUGAUGCAGACGAUGAGAGAGUUUCACCGAUGCCUGAAGGGGAGUAUGAAUCUAGGAGACAGCACAGGAAGAGAAAAAGAAUAAGCAAGACCCAAAAGGGGGUAUAUCUCGCCCCGUCUCAACACUCAGGAACUGGUAAAGAGGUCGGUGAAUCAAGUCCGGAGCCUCAAUCUCUGACCACGUCGCCAGGGCCAGAAACAGAACAAUCACACCACACGGAACUUCUGUCUAGGAAUUUGAUGAACAACGACAGAGAGGAGGAGACACCAGUGGACGGGGCGGGGAAGAAGGAAGAAAGCAUUAGUGAAAAGUUGGCCAAACUACAGAUACAAUAUCAACGGCGAAUCAUGGACAGAGAAGGGAGGAAAACGAUAGCGGAAGAGCUUGACCAGAGAGGGCGGCGAGAUUUCAAGUUUACUGAGGUUGACCUUGACCCCACCGUCAUUGAGCUACAAGUGUUGGAGAAGGGACAGUAUUUCGGCGUUACUCCAUUGCUCUUCCCCGACCAACCCAGCCUGUCAAUUGUCAGUAACGGAGCUGAGUGCCUUGUUCUGUCUAAACGACUCUUCAUGCAGUUCGCCAGUGAGAAAUGCCUGCGUCAUCUCCGACAAACGGAGAGUCCUUACCCUGGGGACGUGGAGCUGUCAAGAAAGUUACAGGAAGUGGUCAACUGGCAUCAUGGUAGGGCAGUGGUCUACCGGAAGCUUGAGAGUGAAGUAAGGCAGAAGCAGAUUUUACGGAAACAGUUUCUUCCUUCGUAUCAGGGACAGUACUGCUUCAGGACCGGGCCGACAUGACGACACGUUCCAGUAACCAUAGAGAACGUAUUAUUAUAAUAAAAGCUAAAUAACCCCUUUCCAAAUCGGGUCUUUCAAACAGCCUUGUCAGUUUGCCAAAGUCAUACAAUUGAAAUUGUAGCCAUUUGGUACUUUGUAUUUCAAGUCAUAGUCUCUUUUUUUAUUUUUAGACCCGGCCCAUUCCUACCAACUCGUUUGUGUUCAGUGGCUCAAACGAAAGUUGCAGCGUCUAUAAAUUUCAAAUGUGAGUGUUAUUUUAAAUAUGUCGAAGCAGACAGAUUGUUCCCAAAGGUAGUGA